AUGGCACCCAAGAAAGCAGCGGAAGCUGGGAAGAGGAAGAAAGAGAUGAUUCAGCUUGAGGACAAGAAAGAAAUCAUCAGGAAGCAUGAAGGAGGAAUGCGAUUGACUGACCUUGCCAAAGAGUAUGGAAGGAGAGCAUCCACAAUCGGUACAAUCCUAAAAAUGAAAAAGAAGAUAACUGGGAGAGAUGCAGCCAAGGGAGUCACCAGGGUCUCCAAGCAACGGCCACCUGUUCUGGAGGCGGUCGAGAAGUUGCUCCUGCUCUGGAUUGAACAGAAGCAGCGUGCAGGGGGCUCAGUGACCAAGGCAAUCAUCUGUGAAAAAGCCAAGGCCUUGCACGCUGACCUCCUCAAACAACUGCCAGGAACGUCAGCAGAUGCAGAAAGCUUCAAGGACAGCAGGGGGUGGUUCGAAAGGUUCAAGACCAGAUCUGGCAUCCACAGUGUGGUCAGGCAUGGAGAGGCUGCAAGUUCCGAUGUUGCUGCAGCUGAGGAAUUUGCUACGGAGUUCCUGGAGGUCAUAGUUUCAGAGGGCUACGUUCCUCAGCAGGUCUUCAACUGCAACGAGACUCGACUCUUCUGGAAGAGGAUGCCAAAGCGUACCUUCAUCACAGAAGAGGAGACCUCAUUGCCUGGCCACAAGCCGACGAAGGACCGUCUCACCUUCCUGUUCUGCGCCAACGCCAGUGGGGACCUUAAGAUCAAGCCCCUGCUUUUCUACCAUUCAGAGAACUCACGAGCCUUCAAGAAACACAAGGUGAACAAGGAGCAGUUGAGCAUUUUGUGGCAGUAUAACUCAAAGGCUUGGGUCACACGCCUCUUGUUUGUGAAGUGGGUCAAUGUGGUUUUUGGUCCUGCUGUGAAGAAGUACCUUGUGGACAAUAACCUGCCACUCAAGGCCAUGCUGCUCAUGGACAAUGUUCCUGACCAUCCUCCAGGCCUCGAGGAAGACUUGCUGGAGGACUUUAAUUUCAUCAAGGUCAUGUUCCUUCCGCCUAACACCACCCCACUACUCCAGCCAAUGGACCAGCAGGUCAUCUCCAAUUUUAAAAAACUCUACACAAGGGAGCUUUUCCGGCGAUGCUUUGAGAUGAUAGAUUGCUCAAGCCUCACACUCCAUGAAUUUUGGAGAGAUCAUUUUGACAUUGUGAGCUGUCUGCAGAUUAUAACCAUUGCCUAG